AUACGGGCUAUUCGCUCGGCUAAUGAAAAUGUGAGCGACCUAUGAUAGGCGAGGAAAGAGAAGCCGACGAACGUCGCAGGAAGCCUGUUGUACGUUUGAGUGCUCCGUGAAGUUGGUGGACUAGGUGUGCGUACCGUCUGGUCCGACAGCUGUCUUGCUCAGUCGAGCGACUUGCUCUUCUCCUUUGGCUGUCAAUGGGAUAUCAGAUGUCCCUGUAUGUCGACCAUUGAUUGACCACUCAGUCUCGCCUGGGCUGUCUAUCUCAGCGGGAGCAUUUGCUGUGCAGGGGACGGACCAUGUCGGAUGACGAUGACUCGAGGCUGGCGCAUAGCUGUAGAACCGGCAAACGUGAUGGCUCGGAUCGGGAAGAGUCAAUGAAGCUCGAAGCUCGAAGCUCAGCGAAGAUCGACGGAUCGCGAGAUAGAGACGGUCGAGAUCCAAGCGCAUGCAAGCACUCACGUCAAGACUAGCGGAGAAGAACACGAUCAGACUCACACCCCGACUCUUUGCAACCACCUCGCUUUCUCUCUUUACGAUUGGCCUCUCGGUACACUACAUCCGCACUGCUCUCACCUCAAGGUCUAGCUUGACCACCUUCAGUACGCCCCACGGUGCGCUUGCCCUCGCUCCUCCAGGCUUCAAGCAGGAGCCGCACAAUCUGCUGGUUAUUCCAGGCCCCAUCGAGGUCUCGGAUGAGGUGCUCUACGCAAAUGCACAUCCCUCUGUGGGCCACACGGCGCCCGCCUUCGCCGCCGUGUUUCAAGACUGUCUCAAGAUGAUCAAGCAAGUUCUCUACACGACCUCGGCUCAGCCCUUUCUCGUGGCAGGCAGCGGUACGCUCGGCUGGGACAUGGUGGCAUCAAACCUGGUCGAGCCUGGCGAGGACGUCCUGGUCCUCAACUCUGGCUAUUUUGGCGAUGCGUUUGCAGAUUGUCUCGAGGUUUAUGGCGCCAAAGUGGAUCAGGUCAAGGCCCCGAUAGGUGAUCGACCUGGACCGGCAGAAAUCGAAUCAGCAUUGUCACAGAAAAAGUACAAGCUUGUCACCUUCACGCAUGUUGACACCUCAACGGGCGUUCUGUCGGACGCCAAGGCGAUCUGCGCGGCAGUCAAGAAAGUCUCGCCCGACACACUGACAAUCCUGGACGGUGUCUGCGCUGUCGCAAGUGAAGAGAUUCGCAUGGACGAUUGGGGCGUAGACGUCGUCAUUUCGGCCAGUCAGAAAGGCUUGGGCGUACCCCCCGGUCUAUCGGUGACCGUUGCGAGUGAGCGAGCAAUGGCAGUCUUGGCUGCCCGCAAGACACCUGUCACGUCUUACUUCGCAAGCUGGCGACGCUGGCUACCCAUCAUGCAAGCUUACGGCAAAGGUCAAGCCGCUUACUUUGCUACACCGCCCACCAACCUUAUCUGGGCAUUCCAAGCCUCACUGAGAGCGAUCACCGAGCAGUCACCUUCGCUCGAGCAGCGCUUCGCGCUUCACAAGGAGAGCAGUCUACGACUGAAGCAAGCUGUCAACGAUCUCGGCCUCAAGCAAGUCCCGCUUCAUCCCGAUGCAUCUGCCAAUGGCAUGACGGCCAUCUACGUUCCUUCGCCCCUCAAACCGAGCGAUAUUGUUCCGAAGAUGCUCAAGAAAGGCAUCGUUGUUGCAGCAGGUCUGCACAAGGACAUCAAAGAAACGUACAUCCGUGUGGGCCAUCUCUCAAUCACGGCUAUCGAUGCCAAACGUGGUGAUAUCGAUAGAGUAAUCAAAGCACUUCAGGAAUCAUUCGCCGAAGCCGGCUGGGAUGGCAGCAAGACGAGCUCACGACCGUCCGUUGUAGAGCACCAGGGCCAGGCCUAA